AUGUCGAGAAUUGCAAAGAAGUCACUAUUUGAGCGCAUAAAUUCAUAUCUUCAUGCAGAGGAGUGGUUUUUCUCACUUUCCGAAACUCUUGAAAUAGGAGAGUUUUACUCCUUACAGCUCGGAAAUUCGACUGCCUUUUCAUGCCAUGUUAUUUUUCUGGUUGCCCAGGCCAACUCCAGGGGGAUUAUUAAUUCAAAAAAUAAUGUUUUUGAUGAUAAAGUAUCUAGACAAAGAUGGCUUAGUUUGACAUCCUCCAUGACGCUUUACCUUUUGACAAUUUUUUCUAUCCUCAAUGUUGUAUACACAUUCACUCGUAAACGACACUAUCGAAUGUUCGAGCGCCCGAAAACAGUCGCCCAGCAACCUCAAUCCUUACGUCUUGUUCGGAUUGACUCUCAUCCAUCUAGGUCCCUCUUUUCCUUACAAAAUCUAAACAACUUCUUCAAGGGAACUAUCGACGAAUCUUCGACCUAUCUUGAUCCGAAGCGUGAUGUCUGGGAGAUAGCUGUUUGGGAUCCAUAUCCAAUUUGCCUUCGGAUAUCAUGUUUGAUGAGUCCUGGCCAUGUUCUAAUUUACUGGCUUUUCCUUCCCACUGAUACCUUAGACCCUCUUCCUAGUAUGACGGCUUUCAAGCUGUUUUUGCUUCAAAUUUUUAUAUCAUCACAGUUGCUCCUAUUUCAGGCAAAAUUUUCGCAACAAGUGAAAGAUAUUUCAAUUGUACAUGGGGAAGUUUUAAAUGAGUAUGACGUUAAAUUUGUCCGCCCUAAACUCAACCCUCACAUGCGAGAUUUCAGCACUCAAUCUUCUAGUACUGAUAUCGGAGUUUCAUCUAAAAUGUAUAAUACAGUAACUACCAAUACCCCUUCAUUUCGUGUAAAUCAGAACUCUCGGGUCUAUCAUGAUCAGAGUAUGGCACACCAGCUUGAAGCCAAAUCCCAGUAUACUCCAAAUCAUAAACAAGAACCAAUAUCAUCGGCAAAUACUCCAUCGGAUCAAAUGUCGUUUAUGGUAAACCCCUCACUCGGAUACUCCUCACGUUCAACACCAUGGCCUUUUCGACCGGGAAGGAACUUAAGGAGUGCCACUACCCCAGACCAGCAGUGCGCUGAAGAAAUUUACGAACAAUCCGAAACGCCGGCAAAAAGAACCGAAUCAAUUUUUAAUGCUCGCUCAAUCUCUCGCAGAACGACAAACAGCUUUUUCAACAAUUCUAGCUGGAGUAUUAAAGAUCAAGGACCUACGAAAGUCAUACCAACCGAGGAGGUCGGCAGCAAUUUAGCAAGCUUCAGAAAAAUUUGUCCUGAUCAGUGGCCUAAUAGAGGAGAAUUUUACAAGCGCGCUACACCGAAUGCUUCAAAUAUUAACCCUAAACGAGCCCCGAAAGUAUAUUAUGAGAGAAUGCCAUCUAUAUUUUAG